UUGGCGACAGGUGCGGCUAUUCGUCGAGUAAUCCGCCUGAUCGAUCGAUCGCGCGGUCUUCUGCGAUGUCGAUUUCGGUCCACGUUAUCUUGCGCCAGAUCUGUCAUUUACCGUUUUUAGCCCGAUCGGUGCAAAGUGCACAAAAACCAACAUCGAAUAGCUCCUAAUUGAAUUUGCAACAAUCGAUAAUUUUGACGUGAAGUGCAAUCCAUAAUUCAGUGUGAUCCCUAUCAGGGCAGGCUAUAUCCAUCGGGCAGAGUGGUCCUUUGUCGGGCCAAGUGAGUUUGUGCAACCAACUAUUCGCAAAACGCUCAAUUCCGCUAAAAGCACGGGAUAACCCAAACGGGCAAUGACAGCACAAAAUAUUUUAAAGAAUUUUUGGCCGCACAACCAUUACAAAAGCGAAUGCCACAUAAAUACUUCUAGAGAUCACAUUUAACGAAAGAGUACAAAAUUCUGAAAAUUCGCCGCACAAACACCAAAUUUAAACAAAAACAGUGUACAGAAAACUACAAUCAUGUAAUUAAAAUUCCACUUGAAACUAAAUUUACGACUAAGCUUUAAAACAAAAGCAACCAAAAAAGCUGCUACAAGAAAAGAAUGACAUUGCCGACAAGAAAAGACAACGAGAACUGAAAAAUAAUUACGGCUCAGAACAAUAAUAAUAAGCAACAUGAGCAGCCUGUCAACCAGAGGAGGAGCAGGAGGCUCCAGCGGAGGAUCGGGGGAAGCAGAUGAUGCCGCAGCUCCUGCUGUUGGACAGGCAACAGUAACGGCCACUGGCAACAUGGAGCCGGCGAUGGUGCCACGUACCGCCAAUUUGCUGGCAUGCAAACAAUGGUGGCGCGUCUGCUUCUUGUACGGGGACCAGCAGAAAUAUUAUCGACAGCUCUAUAGCAAGGCGGCGGCCCAGCGGCUGGCGGACGCUAAUCAGGAGCCCGACAAUGCCCGCGAUCGGGAGUACGACACCGUGGACUGCGAUCUUAUCGCCGGGCAAUUAGAUGCCGGCGAGGAAGCGGACGAUGGCAUCGAUCUAGGCGAUCACUUGGCGACCCCGAAGGGAGGAGCGCUACCCGCGGGCCGUCCACUCUUCCCGCUCUCCUCCUCGCCGCGGCGCAGCAAGAAGCUCCUGAGAUCCUUGCGAGCCCAUGUGCGCGAGAAGAAGAUGCCGAAGAACGACACUACGACGGCUAACGAGUCCAGCGAGGUGACCCAGCGGAAUGCCAGGGUGACCGUACUCGACGACCCCUUUCUAUUUGGCAUCGACGCCGAUCACCUGGGCGAUCUCGUGGUGCGGGGCAAGCGGUACAGUCAACUGGACCUCACGGCGGACAUGGCCAAGUCCUAUGCGGAGCAGGAGGCCACGGCCCAGGUCCUGGAGAUCAUCGAGCAGGAGGAGGAGUCUUCGGAGCAGGAAGCUCCCAAGCCCGCCUUACCGCCCAAGCAAAAGCAGCAGCGUCCUGUGCCUCCAUUGCCACCACCACCAGUGAACCGGGUCACCCAGGACCAAGGACCGCAACCUGCAGCACCACAAGUGCCCCUGCAACCCCUGACCGCCGGAGAUCUUCAGUUUCUUAACUUGAGCCUGCGGCAGAGGAGUUUACCGCGCAGCAUGAAGCCGUUUAAGGAUGCCCACGAUAUCAGUUUCACUUUCAACGAACUGGACACGAGCGCCGCACCGGAAGUGGCCACAGGAGCCGCCCAGCAGGAUUCAAAUGAGCCCAUCAGCCGCACUCCGCUUACGCAGAUCUCCUAUCUGCAGAAGAUCCCCACGCUGCCGCGCCACUUCUCGCCCAGUGGGCAGGGCCUGGCCACGUCCACCGCCCUCGGCAGCGGCGGCAUGGGUCUCCCCAGCAGCUCCUCCGCCAGCGCCCUCUACGCAGCCCAAACGGCAGCCGGAAUCCUGCCCACCUCCCCGCUCCCCUUGCAGCGCCACCAGCAGUUCUUGCCGCCGCAUCACCAACAGCACCCGGGAGUGGGAAUGGGAUUGGGCAUGGGACCGGGACCGGGACCAGGGUCGGGGGCUUCAGCAGGACCGCCCCUUGGCCCCCAGUACUCGGCAGCCUGCUCCACCAAUCCCAAGUAUUCAAAUGCCCAGCUGCCGCCACCGGCGCACCACCACCACCAGCUCUCGCCGGCUCUAUCCACACCCUCGCCACCCUCGCUGCUCCACCAUCCCGCCGGAGGCACUUCAUCCGCCUUGGCCCAGGUUCCCUUCCUGGGCGGACCGCACAUGGACAUGCAGCGGCAGUCGCACUCGGACGACGACAGUGGCUGCGCUCUGGAGGAGUACACCUGGGUGCCACCUGGACUGCGGCCUGAUCAGGUUCGCUUGUACUUCUCGCAGAUACCCGACGACAAAGUGCCAUACGUCAACAGUCCGGGGGAACAGUAUCGUGUGCGACAAUUGCUCCAUCAACUUCCGCCGCAUGAUAACGAGGUUCGUUACUGUCACUCACUGACGGAUGAGGAGCGCAAGGAGCUGCGGCUCUUCUCCACGCAGCGCAAACGCGAUGCCCUGGGCCGCGGCAACGUGCGGCAGCUGAUGAGCGCCCGACCCUGCGACGGCUGCGAUGACCUAAUCUCCACGGGUGACAUCGCCGUGUUCGCCACGAGACUGGGUCCCAAUGCCAGCUGGCAUCCGGCGUGCUUCGCCUGCUCCGUUUGCCGCGAGCUCCUCGUGGACCUCAUCUACUUCCACCGGGAUGGUCGCAUGUACUGCGGACGCCACCACGCCGAGACCCUGAAGCCCCGCUGCUCGGCCUGCGAUGAGAUUAUCCUGGCAGACGAGUGCACGGAGGCGGAGGGCAGGGCGUGGCACAUGAACCACUUUGCCUGCCACGAGUGCGACAAGCAGCUGGGCGGGCAGCGAUACAUCAUGCGGGAGGGCAAGCCGUACUGUCUGCACUGCUUCGACGCCAUGUUCGCCGAGUACUGCGACUACUGCGGGGAGGCCAUUGGGGUGGACCAGGGCCAGAUGAGCCACGACGGGCAGCACUGGCACGCAACAGACGAGUGCUUCUCCUGCAACACGUGCCGCUGCUCGCUGCUGGGUCGCGCCUUUCUGCCGCGACGAGGGGCUAUCUACUGCUCCAUUGCCUGCAGCAAGGGGGAACCGCCCACGCCGUCGGACAGCUCUGGCACCGGCAUGUACACUACGCCCACUCCACCCACACAGCGAGUGCGCCCCCAUCCGCAAGCGCCUCUGCCAGCGCGCAUCCCUAGCAGCCACGCCUCCAGCUCGCCGCCCAUGUCGCCGCAACAGCAGCAGCAGCACCAGGCGACCUUCAAUCAAGCGAUGUACCAGAUGCAGAGCCAGCAGCUGGAGGCGGCGGGGGGACUGGUGGACCAGAGCAAGAGCUACGCCGCAUCGGACUCGGAUGCGGGGGUGGUGAAGGACUUGGAACAUGGCGGACACAUGGGCGGAGGAGAUCUGACGGAUUUUUCGGGGGGUCGCGCCUCCAGCACCUCGCAGAAUCUAUCGCCUCUGAACUCACCCGGCGACUUCCAAACCCACUUUCUGCCAAAGCCCAUGGAACUGCAGCGCGACGGAGUGUACAACUUCAACGAGAUGUCCUCGAACCUGGACGCAGCCUGGCCGGCGAAGCCCACAAACAGCUACCAUAUGCAGAGACAGCUUCUGGAGAACCCACACACUGCCAGCAUGCCGGAACUGGCGGGAAAACUGGUGGCGCCUCCUGCGCACAUGCAGCAGAUGUCCCAGCUACACGCCGUGUCCUCUCAGCAGUUCCAGCAGUUUCAGCAUCACGAGUACGCGGACAUCCUGCAUCCGCCGCCUCCACCGCCGGGCGAGGUUCCCGAUCUGCCCACUCCCAACUUAAGCGUGGCCUCCACCGCCCUGCCACCCGAACUGAUGGGCUCACCCACCCACUCGGCUGGCGACAGGUCGCUGAACACUCCCCUGUCCACGCAGUCGGCCUCCCACGCGCCCCCACAUCCGGUAUCCAUACUAAGCGGUGCCUCCUCCUCCUCGCCGAUGAGCGGGGAGCCGGCCAAGAAAAAGGGCGUGCGCUUUGAGGGAAUUCCGGACACCCUGCCCCGAUCGCGCAGCUACUCGGGUAACGGAGCGGCAACGAGUGGCGGCGGCGAGAGGGAGCGGGAUCGGGAUCGGGACAAGGACAAGGAGGGAGGAGGUCGCCAUGGUCACGGCCACUCCUCCCGAAGGCGAAGACGUCGCAAGUCCUCCACCAGCUCAUCGCACCAUCGCAGCGGCAGCGGCCAUCGGUCACACUCGACCACUCGAGCGGACACCUAUGCGCCUGCGGAGCCCCUCUCCUCGUCCUACCAAAGUCCACCAUCGGUGCUGCAAGCUGCCAACUUGGUCCACGAGUUGCCCAAGGGACAGCAGAGGGAACGGGAACGGGAGCGGGAGCGGGAACGCGAGGAGUCCGAGGAGUCGGACGUGUGCUCCACCUGCUCCUCGAGCUCCUCCAGCUCGGAGGACUACAUGAUGAUGUACCAGCUGCCGCAGAGGCGCCAUUACGGCGGCGUGCGCGUGAGCUAUGUGCCAAACGAUGCACUGGCCUACGAUCGGAAGAGGAAGCCCAGUGAACUAGGCGGCGACAAGGACAAGAACUGCAUCAUCUCGUGAUGCCGCCCGCCGGUAGGGUUCCAAUCAGAGCCCAGGUUCGAGUACAGAUGCAGAUGCAAAUCGAGAUCUUAUUAAUGUGGCGCCACGGGCAACUCUAUCUCGUGGCUAACGAAGUGGCCCAGAACGCUCGCGGGGAUCAUAAAUUCCUCGGAAGGGAGGCAAUUGCCUCUCCACAAAGCAAAAUAAAGUUCAACUUGACAUUAAGGCGCCUAGUUAAGAUACACUCACAAACUUACAUAUGCAACUCCGGAGGAGGAGACCCUAGAAUAAGAGCCAACACUGUUCCAAAUACACAUCCCUAGUUAAGCUAAUUGAAGAUUGAACUAUAUAUAUUUUUAUGAUUACCGGUAGCGUAGCGAAGAUACAUUGCAGAUAACCCUAUUUAUACAUUUUAUUUAUAUUUAUCUAUAUACAUAUAUCGCAUUCUAGGCUUCCCAUAUACACUGAGUAUAUGGGUAUAGAUAUAUAAGUGUAACGCGGCGGGUCCCUCAAAACCCUGAUGUUGACGAUUGGGCUAAUGAAACUCCACAAUAACUUAG